AUGGACUUCGCCGGAACUCCUCCGGUCGACGAGGAGGCGGACCCCACAAACUGUCUCUCCGAGGUCGCGGAGACAGUGGGGCGCGGGGACCCGGCCGAGCCAAGCCACGCGGAGGAGCAAGGCGGCGCCGCGCCGGAAGAGAAGGGCGAAGACGCCCUCGAGGCUGAAGGCGCGGCGACCGCAGAAAGUCGCGAACCAGGACAAGGCGGCGAAGAGCGAGGGCCAUGGGCGCACAUAUUCCGGCGGGGAGGCGCCGAGAGGAGGCGCGGCGCGCCGCGGGGGGGUUCGCAUCCCUACGCGCGUCGCCAGAGAGGAGACGGCUCGGGGCACGUCAAUCGCCGGCGGAGUGAUCGCGACUUGCCUCCCUGGUCGCAAAGCCGGGGGCCGAGCGGGGGCCGUGGCCGAGCGGGAGGCAGCCGCGAUCCCCGCGAGGGCCGAGAAGCGCCGCUCAGCGUGAAGGAGAAACGCUGGGUGUGCGUGCGGACGCUGUUUGUGACGAUUGGCGACGACGUCGCCCUCAUUCCGCAGCAGAUCCAGAAACUCGCACGCGAGUCGGAGAACGCGAUUGUUCAGGAGCGGGAAGAAGACCGCGAGAGAGAAGAGAGGAAGUUGAAAUUGAAGCAGCAAGCGGAGCGGCGAGACGUGGACGGGGAUUUCGGUGCAAUUGACGAGCUGAAGAACCCAGGCGACGCAGGUCACCGCGAAGAACUCGACGCGGAUGGGGCGGUGGAGAGCCAGGGCGACUCCGCGAACCGCGGGAAUGCUGCAGGCGCUGAAGAGAAGAAUGAACAGAAUUUGGAAGACCGCCUUGUCGAACUCCUCGUCGACUGUGCGAGCCUGCUUCCUCUCAAAGUCGGCAUCUACUCGUGCGUCGUCGGGCUCUGGUUCAAGAAGACGCGCCUGCGACCGCUGUGCCUGCGCAUCGUGGAACGGAGCUUCGAGCGCUUCGAGGAAGCCGUCAAGAAAGGAAACUUCUUGGACGCGAAGCUGCUCCUGCGGUUCUUCGUCGCUCUCGCUGGAAGCUUUGUUGUCUCGGCUGCUGCCUUGCCGUGGCUGAGCUCGCGUUCCUGGGAGACGCACCGCCGUGCUGUGGAAGAACUUCUCGCUCUCGCUCACCAGAUGUCGCCUGCUUCGCCAGAGGCGCUGCUUCUUCGCCACGCCACGCUGCCGAUUCGCGUUUCCGCCGGGGGCGUCCUAGGCGGAGACGAGGCCGACUCGGCGAUCCUGGCCUCCCUGGGCCUUGAUAAGAACAGAGUCCAGUCCCUCUUGGAGGCGCUCGGGAGCAUGGAACAGGUCCAGUGGAAGUCGAAGGCUACCCUCCGCUUUUACCAGUCCGCGGAUUUAUUUCCUCUGCUGAAACCGCCCAGUGAAGCCGCAGCUGCACUCGCGCCCGCCUGUUCGCUUCCGGCUCUUACUCUCACGCUGGACGAUUUGCGGCAGAUCCGAGCGCUCCCGGUGGCGAGCGUCAUUCGCCUGCCUGUUUCAAUCGAAAAGGUCGACGUGCCUCUCUCGCCUCACGAUCGAUGGAUCCUCGAGGACCACUUCCUCACGAUUCUCCACAACUUUCGAGACAACGUAACCCUGUGUGCUGAAGCCCUCUUGCGAGUGCCUGUUGACCACGACCAAUUCGACUACGUCCUCGUCGAGUGCCUGUUCAGCGCGAUGCUGCGCCUGCCUCGCGCGCCGCUCGCCACGGACGUGGAGGACACCUCGUUCUUCGUCACGCGCGUCUUUCAGCGCGUGUGUCAAAUGCAAAACUCGCUCGUGGGCGUCGUGGAAGCUGGCCUGACGUCGCUUCUGAAGCACGCAGCUCACCUUGAUUUCCAGUCGAUGCGUGUUUUGGCGGAUUUCUUCGCGUACUGGCUGAACCUGUGGGAGGGCCGCAUGAGUUUGCUGGAGGACUGGCUCAGCUUGUCGAUUCCGCCUGCAUGCGUCAAAGUCUUCGUUCGGCAUGCAUUCGAGAAGGCCUUCCGCUUCCGGUACCGCCCGAACCUGCUGGAGCUUCUGCCUGACUGCGUUCUUCCGUACAUCCCGCCGGAGCCGACACCGGCGUGUCCGUACACUGCUGAGCCGCCGCAGCAAAAUCUGCCGCUCCCCGGCGCGCCGCCGCCUCCGCCUGCAGCUGAGCUGCCGCUGACGGUCACUUCUUAUCCUGGCCACUUGGAGUUUUUGGAAGUUCAGAAGCUACUGCUGUUUAGUUUCCGGAAGCGCGAAGGCGCUGGUCCCACCCAUGCCCGUGCGCUCGGUGCGGGCGGGCGGGGCGUGCGCGACGGAGGCGCUGCGCGGCGACCGGCUCGAGGCGACGCAGACGAGGAGACCGAGGAGGACAGCAAGCCGGACGGGGAGGAAGGCCAUGAGGAAGGCGGCGAUGGAGCGAUGAACGAGGCGCACGACGACGAGGAGGCUGGCCAGGGGGGCGAGGGCGAGAAAGAGAGAGAAGAGACGGAGGGCGGCAAGCGCGACUGGAUGCAGUACGGGUUGGCGCGUCUGUUGCGCAGUCGACUGCACCACAAAACGUGGCGAAAGCGAGAUCCGCAUGCGUUCUCGUCUUCCGACUCGGCCGAGGACCACGACGCGGCUGUUGACGCGUCGAAGCGGGGCACUGGCGAAGACCAGGACGGCGAGGAAGAGCCGAAGGCGAGCAAAGGCGGUGAAGGCGAGGCCUUUCGCGAGGGUGCGUUCCCGUACGAAGACGACGACGACGGCCACGUCUGGUCACUCACAGACCUCGCGCAGGUGCUUGUCUUUGCGCUGCUGGCUCGAGGCCUCAAGACGCUGACGCACUCCGAGCGACUGGUCGAGAACUACUUCCCCGUCUUUCGAUUCCUCAAGGAGGGCGCGACGCAGAAGGCGCUGCGCGAGAUGCAGCCGGCGGCGCUGAAGGCCCGAGGCGACACGCGCGAAGAAUGCGGCGAAGAGAGCGAUGUCGAGAUGGACGACGAAGAGGAAGACGAGGAUCCCGCUGACGAGGAAGGCCUGACCAAGGCGGAGCGCCGCGCGCAAGAAGUCGAGGAAGCGUUCCUCAAAGCCGUGUUCGACUUCUGGAAACACUCGCGGCAAAAAACGGUUUUGACCGUCAGACACUUUGAGCGUUUUGGCGUCGUGUCGAAGGAGGGGGUGAUUCGCUUCGUCUUUGAAUCGCUUUCCCCCGGGGACCGAGACGACAGCCGCGUCAUGGAGCUCUUUGACCUCCUCGCACAGCUAAGCAUCCAGGAUUUUGAUGUCAAAAAAGAGACGGCUCUUCAGUUGAAAGACGCUUGCGGAGAAGACGCGGAGAAGAUCGCUGAGGCCGCGCAGGCUGCGACCGCUGCCGCCGAGGCCCUCGAGGGCGUUCAUACUCUGUUGCACUUCAUUUUGAUCGGCUUCAUGCGCGAACUGCUGAGAGAAGAACAAGAUGCGCGACGUUUGACGCUUCGGGCGAGGCUGCUCUACCUCGCGCGGGACUACGGAAAAUUCAUCGAUGUACCGCGGCUGCAGGGUCAGAUUGGCGAUUCGAUGACAGACGAAUUGAAUCAGCUUCUGACAGUGAGCAGCCAAGUCCAAACGCAGAUUUUCUUCCUGGAUCGCGAACCGGGAGGCCUUCUCGGACCUCUCGGAGACCUCGAAGAGACUCGCGAAGCUUUCCACGCGAAGGGCGGCGAAAACGGAGUUUAA